GCAAAAGCGGGAGGGGCGCGCCAACUCCUGACUCUGCAGGUGGCACAGCCGCCGCCCUGGGUCGCUGGAGUCGAAGGUCACCCCUGCGUGGAGGCUGGGGCGGUUCGCAGGGCCUGGACGCGACCAGGAUUUUCCCGCUGCGCCCGUCGCCCCAGGGAUCCCACAGCUCCGUUUCACAGUUGCCAGGAGCUCCGGGGAAUCACCUUUUCUCACCUGAGUUUUGAAUGCCACCUCGCAGUCAAGAAUCCGUGUGAAAGAGGGACAAACGCCCGCGCCCCAGCCUCAGAGACACCCCUUCGAAGAUAAACUAUUUGAUACAGAGUCCUAAACAUGCAUUGUGGAGGAGGAUUCAUGACUCUUUUGCUUCUUAUGGUUACACGCGACUCAGAAACGUGUUUUUCACGGCCCAAUAUUAGCGCGGUGGAAGGGGAACCUUUUUAUCUGAAACAUUGCUCCUCUUCACACACAAGUGAAAAUGAGGAAACCUCUGUAAGAUGGUACAAAAGCAGCAAGUCGAACGGACGCACUGAGCUGAACCCAAGCAGCUCUCCCAGAAUUACUAUGUAUGACAACACUUUGGAAUUUUGGCCACUAGAGUUAGAAGACCAGGGCUCUUAUUUUUCCCAAAUGGGAAAUGAUACUCAGGAGCGGACAUUAACCGUCACCAGAAGAAACAUACACAGCUGUUUUAAUGAAAAACAAGUAACUAGCAAACCUGUGGGAGUUGAGAAAGUUUUGGAGAUUCCAUGUACAAAUGAUUACUAUCAGAAACUGAUCAAGAAAACAUCAUUAUAUAAGAACUGUGAAAAGUUAGCUGAAGACAAUUCUAGCCUAUUUAUGAUGAAGAACGCUGAGUUCAGUGACCAGGGAUUUUAUUCCUGUGUGUUUUCUGUUUAUCAUAAUGGAAAAUUUUAUAACAUCACCAAAACCUACAACAUAAUAGUAACUGAAGGUCAGAAGAAUAUGGCUCCCGUUCUUAUUGGACCAAAGAUUAAUUAUGUUGAAGUGGAAUUAGGAAAAACUGUACAGCUGAAUUGCUCGGCUUUGAUGAAUGAAAACGACAUAAUUUAUUGGAGCUUCUGGAAAGAAAUGGACCAAUUUAGUAAUAUACAGGAGGAAGGAAAGAAAACAUGGAUCUCAGAAGGCAAAUCUUAUGCUUCAACAAUACUGAGAAUUGAGAAAGUUAAGGAAAACAAUCUAAAUUUUUCAUAUAAUUGCACUGUGGUCAAUCAGGAAAAAACAGACACCAGUACGUUUAUCUUGUUGAGAAAAGCAAGCAAAGAUGACAUCCCAGGCGACAUCUUCACUGGAGGAAUGAUUGUAGCAAUUUUGAUCUCGGUGGUGGUAGUGUGCCUAGUGAUUAUGGGUAUCAUCUAUAGAGUUGACUUGGCUCUAUUUUAUAGAAAAUUAAUGAGAAGAGAUGAAACACUAAAAGAUGGAAAAACGUAUGAUGCUUUUGUGUCUUACCUAAAAGAUGGUUGCUCGGAGAAUGCAGAAGAGUACACUUUCGCUGUGGAGACUUUGCCCAGGGUGUUGGAAAAACAUUUUGGGUACAAGUUAUGCAUAUUUGAGAGGGAUGUGGUACCUGGAGGAGCUGUUGUUGACGAAAUCCAUUCACUGAUAGAGAAAAGCCGAAGACUGAUCAUUGUCCUCAGUAGAAGUUACAUGUCCAAUGAAGUCAGGUAUGAACUUGAAAGUGAACUCCACGAAGCAUUGGUGGAAAGAAAAAUUAAGAUAAUCUUAAUUGAAUUUACACCUGCGAGUGAGUUCUCAUUCUUGCCUCAGUCAGUCAACCUCUUGAAAUCCCACAGAGUGCUGCAGUGGAAGGCUGGUAAGUCUCUUUCCUAUGACUCGAGAUUCUGGAAAAAUCUUCUUUAUUUGAUGCCUGCAAAAGCCACCAAGCCAAACAAAGGAGAAUCAGAAGCCUUGCCUAUUUUUUCAGCAUAUUGAGCUCCAGAAAAGCUGAGUAUGGGAAAGAACUCCCGCUGUUCUGGGGAGCAGCAUAGGAGCCUGCUCAUAACAAAGGCUGCUGUUUAAAAUAGACGACUCUUUGAACACCCUGCUCACAGUUCGAAGAUGAGAUCUGUCAUUAGGUCAUUGGGGAUAAGACCAAACAUUGAGCUGUGGUCCUUCUGGAAAACCCUGGAAUGCAAAAGAAAUGGAGCUCUUCUUUCUUCCUCUUCUGAAACUGCUGGCAGCUGCUCACAUGGAUCAGCCGAUUCAGCAAGUGUGAGGCUGGGAACCUUGCAAAUCAACUUUUGCCUUACAUGGAAGGUGCAUCUUUAAGAGUUUUUAAUGCUAACAAUUAAUUUGAACGAGAGGAUUUUAAGGGUGCAAGGAGUUGUUUUCUAUGAACCACUGGAUGGUAGUCACUGGAAUGCUGCCUUCACCCCCCCAGCACUGGCCAUCAAUCUCUAAAUGCAUGGGACGUGGAAGGAAAGAGAGGCCUGAUGAUGUGCAGAGCAGGGAAGUGAUGAGGGCCCCUGCUGCAAGAAGGGCCUGAACCUCAAGAUACGCGUCCUGUGGCCCAGCCACAGUUGCGAGGAAACAGUUCUUGGAACUCCAGAGAGGCACUGCAUGAACCUGGUUUUUUCGAACCUGUUCGUAAGAACUUUUAAAAGAAAACCCCAAACAGAAGGACUUUUCACAAAAUACCCAAAUUUUAAUUCAUAGGAUUCUCUGGGUCUUUUGCUCAUAAUGUCCUAAAACACUUGUUGAUUGUAUGUAAAUGUUUAUAUCCAGGAUGAGUGCCGCUCAUAAGAUCAUGGGAUGCACUGAACCACAAGAAAAAAAUAAAACAUAGGUAUUCACUUGUUUUUUUUUAACAAUUAAAUUUUUUAAAUGCCACUAGUAUGGAAGAAGCAUGGCAUGAUGGUGGAGGGUCUGGCUGUGUAAUCCUGAGCCCCAAUCUUGAGUUUGCUACUUAGUUCUGUGACCUCUGGAACUUUACCUAACUUCUCUGUGCCUCGUUUCCACAUUGUAAAAUUAGAUUUUGUAAUAGUUUUACCUACUUCUCAGGGUUACUGAGUGAAUAAAGUACUUCCAACUAAC